AGACAAAGAGUGGCGAAAAAACGGGGAUACUGUAUAGCAACUUUCGUGGCAAGAGCGAUAUUCAUUCCUUGCGAACUCGCAGUCUGCAUUCGUUCAGCACGAUCGCGGUGUGCUUUCAGACGCGCUCACUUUCUUCGAGUUCCUCCGCAGGAUCUCUCCUCAAACGAUUACGAGUAUUAUCUCUGCCUCUUUUCUCUCAUCAAAUUUUAAUCGUUUCUUUAAUGCCUUUGCUUCAGAUUGCAAAGAAUUAAUAAAAUUGUCGAAGAUGUUUUUCGAGUGCGUAUUACAAUGAAAACAAAAGUAACGAUAACAACGGCGAAAACAAGACAACAAUAACGAUAUGUAACGACGAAUCUGUAUUUAUUUCUAAUCGAUUGAAAGAAUCGUUAAACAAUUUCACGUGCAACGGACAUGAAUUAUUUGCGCUGUGGAUUCGUAGCGAUUCUUCUUUUCCUUCUCGCGAUGGUCGAUUGCACCAUGAUGAAAAUCAUUCGAGACGAUCAUUUAAAGUGCGGAUGUCCAGCAGCAUCUCAUAGGCAACCACGAUCCACAACUUUUGAGAAGAAUAAAGUAACAUCCACGACGUCAAUGACGUCCAAUCGACAAACGGCUGUUUCUACAACUAUCUCUACGACGGGACGAAUCUUUAACGGAAAACCCAGUAGAAGAGGAUCUUGGCCAUGGCAAGUCUCUCUGCAGCUACUACAUCCAAAAUUAGGUUUUAUCGGUCAUUGGUGCGGUGGAGUUCUCAUCGAUCCUAAAUGGGUCAUUACGGCGGCACACUGUAUCCACAACGAUCUCUUUAAUCUUCCAAUCGGUGCCUUAUGGACGGUUGUGGUUGGAGAAAGAGAAUUAGAUUCCGGUAGUCGUGGAUCAGCCAGAUUACCCGUCGAACAAGUGAUACUUCAUGAGAGAUUUAAUAAUUAUGUUCACGAUAUCGCUUUAAUGAAACUUGCUAGACCAGCGCCUCUUUCCAAAGUAGUGAAGACGAUAUGUCUUCCAGACGCGGAGGAAAAACUCACGGACAGCAAUUGCGUAGCAUCCGGUUGGGGUCGUUAUGGACCUUCACCAUCUCUCUCGACUGCACUCCUCGAGGCUUCGGUGCCAUUGUUAAAUCUCGAAGAGUGCUUACACGCUUACGGAAAAUCCGUUCCUAUUGUUAAUGGCCACUUGUGUGCUGGACACAUUGAUGGCUCUUCAGGAAGUUGUGUUGGAGAUUCUGGAGGCCCCCUACAAUGCCGUCGUUCAGACGGUGUCUGGCAAUUAGCCGGUGUUACUUCUUUUGGUUCUGGAUGUGCUAGACCAGGAUAUCCCGACGUUUACACCAGGAUACAGCACUAUUUGAAUUGGAUAAGAAACAUUAUCGACAAUGAUAGUGACAUAUAGAUUAUUAUUCAUCGUGAUUGGAUUAUAUGAAGCAAGUUACAAUUUAUAGAUUAUAUUCAAUUAUUGCAUGUUUGUAUAUAUGUACGUAUGUCAUGUAUGCACAAAGUGAGUCACAUAAGUUAUUAAAAGUCAAUAUCUAUAAUGUUUACAAUGUAUUAAUAAUUUAUGUUUUUUACAAAUAAUUUUUAAAAUCUUUGAUGUAAUCUUUCCGAAAUUUUUCGAUUUUUACUAUUGCUACAUAAUGAAAUAAUAUUUUGUAAGAACUGCGCCAUUCUGAACUUUUGCUGAAUGUGUUUAUAUACAUUUUAUUUUUAAUUUUACGUUAUAUUUACAACGUACGAUAAAAAAGACAUUUGUUACCUGUAUAACUUAAAGAAGAAUGAAACCUAAUAGAAAACUACCUAGUAGGAAAAAAGUGUAACGGAAACAUUCUCUUCUUAACUUUCGAAAAUAGCUUUUCGAAGAAAAGCUAUUUGCCAGCAGAUAGAAAAAUUCAUCCGCGUACUAUUGCGAUUGAUAUUCGUUUCCAUACUCGAGACAAGGAGAUCUGCAUUUAUAUAGGAUGUAUUACGAACUUCCGUUUUCAUAGGGACGUUGCAUAACAUCAACAUUAUAUAUGUAAUACAAUCAAAGUGGUUGCGCUUCUUCGAUGAAAUUAGAAAUAUCGAUUUAUAGCUAGGCGUACGCAGUACAGUCCAAGUAUCCACGUAUAUACAUAUUAUUACAUUGAAGUGAAUACAUUAAUUAACGUAAUACGAAACACUCAACGUAGGAAAGCCUACGUAAGAGUAUCUACCAAUAAAGCUACUCGAUGCAUCAUCUGAAACAAGAAAUCGUAUUAAGUAUUAUUGUUCCAAUUUGACAAUAAGUAUUUAUCCCGCGCAAGCCAAAAGUGGAUCACGUGACCCUUACUGUAUACGUCAUCGUAGUCGCCUGAAAGACAGAAAGGGACGCCAAGGGUAGAUUGGGAGCGGCGUGAAGAGGGAGGGUACGAACCAGCGACGACGCACGAAUACACUCCACCUCUCGCGUCCAUGGCGAGCGGUACAGUCGGGAGUGAGAGUGUACGUUCUCAAUCAGUAGGACACUUUCAUCGAGCUGAGGAAAGUGAGGGAGACCGUCAUUUCUUCGAGAAAACCUAGGUGGGAAAGAAAAAAAGUGGUUAGAGACGAUUAGAUGGGGAAAGAGAAGU